CUCUCGUUGUUUUCCGACGGUGCCACGAGAAAAAAAAAACAGCCAGGCUGCGAGCGCGCUCCUCUCCUCCUUCGCCGCGGGGUGUUCGUCCCUCCGCACCAGCCGGCUUCCGUCUCGGCGUGCUGCGUGUUUUUCUGUGCGGCUGCCAGGAAACUUCAGCGGGGAUCCAUGGUGUUGAAUUUCCAUUGUAACAAGUGGAUAACAGGAGGCGACCCGACCAAGGUGUAAUGAGAGCGCUGGUCAUGGACAGAUGAUGGACGUGGAGACGUCGUACUCAGACUUCAUCAACUGUGAUCGCACAGGACGCAGGAACGCCGUGCCCGACAUCACAGGGGAGGGGGAAGUAGCGGGCAGCACCAGUGAACUCACCAAAGACCUGGCGGAGAUGGACCUGAAGGCUGCAGAAGGAGACCCGGGGGCCUCCCCAGCCCCUGAGGCAGAGGGCUCCACCGGCCAAGACGCCCAGGGAAGUGGAGGCCCGUCCUAAACUCAGCCAGAGGCCGAAGGGGGGCAGAGCCGAGGAGUGGACCGUAGAGAGGAAGCAAGUGAAAGUGGGGAGACAUGGAGGAAGGAAAGAGACAGCGUAUAUUGGCUGUCCCAAGUGGACACGAGGACACCUUCACCGCUCACUGCCGGCCUGUUUGGAGCUUCAGCGGCCCAAAUGUUCGCCUUUUCAUCGGAUCAGAUUGUAACAUGGAGAGCAGAGGAGAGGAGAACUGACGACUGAGAUGCUGCUCUUCGGCUUCACCCUCUGUCGGUCAUUUAAAUCCCCGACGAGACGAGAAAGCACAGAAACUUUGAAUUUAUUGUCUGUGGAGAUGGACCGAGCUGAACAGACUUCAUUCAUAACACUCGAAACGCUGUUCCAGCCCUACAGGAACGGUGUGAUGGAGGGCGUGUUCAUAACCAUCCGUUUGUCAUUUUCUUUCUUCGUAUGCGUGUGUGUGUGUGUUUGUGAUCCUCUCGUUCGAUUCCAUCGUCAAGUCUUUUCUUUUUUUUAGUAAUAAACAUAGUCGCCAUUAUACUGUUGUGUACGGACUUCAUAUUUAUUGCUAAAUGUUCAGUGAUAACUUUGUGAUAGCAAUUUUCUUUGUGUAAUAAAAUACUUAUGA